AUGGGGUGCUUCUCAUCAUUGAGAGAGCACUUCAAGGGUGCUUCAACUCCAUUGGAGAGGAAACUUGUUCUCAAGUUGGACUUCUUCAUUCUUACUUUCUGCUGUUUAGGUAUGUUCAUGAAUUAUCUCGACAGAGCCAGCAUAACCCAAGCAUAUGUUUCUGGAAUGCGAGAGGACUUGGGCUUCAAAGGUGCUCAACUGACUGUCGUAACGACUCUUUAUGCGACGGCGUAUCUCAUAGGCAUUGUCCCGAACAAUUUGCUCUUGACUUAUUUUAAGCCUCGAAACUUCUUCCCCUUUAUGAUCACAACCUGGGCAGGAAUUACUAUGCUAAACGCGUACAUUCUGGGAUCAUGGUAUACCAAGAAGGAGCUUGGCCAGCGCACAGGACUCUUCACCGCCAGUGGUCUAGCUGGUGGCAUGUUUGGUGGCUUCCUCCAAAGUGGCAUCCAUUCGUCUAUGAACGGCCUGCAUGGUCUGCCAGGUUGGAAAUGGCUAUUCAUUAUUUCUGGCAUCAUCACGCUGCCCGUCGCUGUAUACGGAUACUUCUUCUUCCCCGAUACACCUCAUACGACCACGGCAUUCUACCUUAGCCAAGAAGAAAUCGCUCUUGCAAGAGAACGGGUGCCGAUCCACGAGGUUGACAAAACGGAGAGUAUCCUCUCCAAGUCUUUCCUCUCUAGGGUAGUUCACUCAUGGUACUUCUAUGCCUUCUGUUUCCUGUGGAUUCUAGGCAACUGCUCCGAAUCGCAGUCCAACCAGUCACUUCUCAACCUCUAUAUGCAAGCUCAUCCAACAGAGAAGUACAAUCUUUACCAACGCAACAACUAUCCCACCGGCGUACAGGCCAUGGGCGUGACGAGCACGCUGUUGUGGGCCACCUCAACAGAUAUUUGGGGUAGGCGGUGGCUGUCGGGAUACUACGUCUCCUUCACGGCUAUUGCAAAUGCCGCAAUCAUUCUCGCGCCAACGUCGACGGCAGCCAAGUUUGGGGCCUACUACUGGGCUGGCUCGAUCUACUGCAUUCAAGCCACUUUCUUUGCGUGGGCCAAUGACUCGAUGCGGAAUGAGUCACCGAGACUACGAUCGUGCGUUAUUGCAUGCAUGAACGCAGCUGGCAACUGCUUCCAAGCUUGGUGGCCACUCAUUUUCUACAGAGCCGAUGACGCUCCAAAGUUCAAGAAAGGAAUGAUUGCCAUGAUUGCUGUAGGAACGACCAUGGCAAUUUGGGUUACCGUUCUUAUCCUGGUCGAAAAGCGGCGAGCCAAGACGGAGCUUCAAGUCAUCGAGGCUGUUGUGGAAGAGCAAAGUCUGGAGUCAGAAGAGCGUACGAAGCUUGACUCUACUAAGUUGGUUAACCAGGUUUCCGAUAUUAAGCCGCCUUCACACUGA